AUGGACGUCGUGGCCGACUUGGUGACGGGGCCCUUCAAGGAGGUCGUGGAAAAGGGCAGCCUCGCACUCGAGAACGCGGGCGACAACAAGGAAAUGCACUCCGAGAGCCAGAAGCUGGUCAAGGGCGCCGAGCGCAUUCUCAAAAUCAUUGAACCACUUUGCGAGCGGCACUUGGAGGAGUACGUAGGCGCGACCAAGGGACCGGCGUUGCUGGAGUUUUUGACUGACUGCGGAGUAGAUGAGAUCGCCGAGUACAGGUCACAGAUGACUGACAUGCUGUGGGACUUUGACGACGUCGUCGAGGAGGAUGCGUUUGAGAAGGAAAAGUACGUCGAGCUGCGGGAGCUGUGUAAGAAGGCCGGGCUCAGGACUGGAGAGAUCUUGAAGAGAAUGAAGCUCGAGGCAGCGCCGCGGGAGCAGCCCGUUGUUUCGCCUGUUGCGACAUCACCGCCGGCUGAGACUGCCACCCAGGAUCGGGAUCUAAAAAGUCAAAACACCACCCAGAAGCUACUCCAGGAAGAGGAGCAGGCACUUGAGCCGAGUCCCAAGCUGGAAGAGAUUCGGGAGCAGCCGCCGCCGCCGCCUCCCUCAACGAACCCCUGGGAUCUUAGAGCAAGUCCAGUCAUCGAAACGGGCUUGGAAGCAUCACUAAAAACCCACAUCGAGCGUCGGCCGCCAGUUUCCGCCAUGAGUUCCCCAGUCUCUGAACCAACUAGCCCAGAGGAUGUAAACAGGCUGUCUUACAGCUCUAGUCGACGGCUGGACAUCCCCGUCGGGAGGGUGCUGCCUGAAGAAGAACGGUAUCAUCAAAUGAGUCCUCAAGAUAUUUCUCGGUCUCCUGUUUUGUCAAUGGACAGAAGCCCUCUCGUCUCGCGGGGGCGGGCGUCGUCAACUACCCUGGGCGUCGUGGCCGAAGACCAGCCGGUGCAGGCUGUACAUGCGCCAUUGCCGCAUCGCUACUCGCAGGCAAGCUCAAUCUACUCUCACCCUUCUAGGCAACGCUCCCAGGAGUCGCUACACAGUUCCGUCUUUGAUGGGAGGAGGAAUGAUGGGUCCAACAGUCCUGCGAUGACGGAGCAUCGCAUCUCCUCGUCUUCUGGGAAUGAUGCGCAGCUGAGUCCGAUAUCUCGGGGACCUAUCGUGCCACCAAACUUCCCCCCAGGUAUUCACGAGGGUAUCGAGAGAGUGCCAUUAGUUAUGCAUGAUGGCGAAGGGCUGAUUCCUGUCGAAUCGGAGUCAACCAAUACUACCCAGCCUCCACCCAUGAUACCGAGUCGACCAACGGACUGUAGCAUUGGUCUAAGCAGCUCGUUUUACUUGUACAAAGGGUUCUGCGAGGGUGCGAAGGAAGUGGCCAGGGGGGGACUUGGCAUCAAGAAGAUCAAGAAGCCUGGAUUCUCUGGCGCGCACGAAGUAGCCAAGUGCACCAGCUGCUCCUACGAGCUCGAUUUCAGGCAGGUCGAGCUGGACGUCAACAACACAGAGCAAGCAAACUUCCUCUCACACAAGAUAGCCUUCCGUCCGCGCUUCCUCCAGAAGUGCCAUGUCGCUACUAAACGCGCCGACGAGCUGCUCUACGGCUGCGUCUUCUGCGUCCACGCCCAGCGGACCCUCGAGGAGUGCGACGCGACAGUCUUCUUCAGCCAAAAGAAGCUCUUCGAGCACCUGGCUCGGCACCCUCGUCCCUUACCGCAGGUGCCCGGUAUCAUGGCCAUCGAAGAGGCCGAGAUCCCGCCCAACUUGCGCAACAACUACGAUCUACACUUCCGAGCGCCGCCAAAGGAGAGCCCUCUGGCGGGCAAGCAGACAGAGCUGGCUCAACGGCCCGCCGCGACGGCGACGCAGACGGUGAAGCGCAUGUACGGCAUGCGGUUGCUGUAUGACAACACGCCGGCGUUCGAGCUGGCGAAUGGGGCGAGGAUUUCAGGGAUUGAGUUCCCGCAAAAGUAUAACGGGGAGUGGGUCAUGGGGUGGCACGAGGGGAACUUUGGGUCGGUGCCGUUGGACGUGCUGAAGCUGGAGCCGCCGCCAAAGGGGGAGAUUCGCAUGGACACGACGAGCAACAUCUCGGCGGUGGCGAGGUGGAAGUUUGCGCCAAAGAUGAAGGACGGCGGGGACUGGUUGCGGUUUGACCAGGGGGAGAAGAUCACCAACAUCAGCUGGGCAUGGCAGGACCACUGGUGCUGGUCCGGUACCAACGCCAAGGGCGCCUGGGGCAUCUUCCCGCAGACGCACAUCGACGGCAACACGAUUCGCGAGACGUCGGACGGAUCAAGUAUUUCGAGCAGCGAGCGGCGGAGACGGUCCGAGGGGUUUUUCGGAAGGUUCGCAAGCAACCGCAAGGCGUCGUCACAGAGGGCGUCAAGCGUGGCGGAGGUUAUGGUCUCUUCCGGGCCACGGCCGUCGGUGUUUUAG